GAAAAACGAUCAAAAUGGUACCUUUCAGUGGUUUUCUCAUCUAGCUGUCAAAUAAAUAGACAUAACCCAACAUAUAAAUUCAAGAUAACGGGUGAAAUAAUUAAAAAUGGAUGUGUCGAUGAGGCUAGAAGCUAUAAUACAAAAAGUAACAAAUCCACAAACUCAGAAACUCGAUAUAGUAGCAGCUACUGAAACGUUCUGUACAAUACUUACUAAGGAACCGGAUAGUAUUCAGGUUGGCACUAAGUUAUUAGCUUUGUACAUUCAAUCAUCUGAUGAGUUUGAAGCACUCAAAACCUUAGCUUUACUGGACACAUGUAUGCGAAAAUGCGGAUCAUCUUUUCAUGCUGAAAUUGGGAAAUUUCGCUUUUUAAAUGAAAUGAUCCGAUUAGUUUCACCGAAAUAUUUAGGUGCCGAUACACCAGUUACGGUGCGCCAAAAAGUAUUACAAUUGCUACAGACAUGGACAAAGGAGUAUCCACGAGAAUUAAAAAUUAAGGAAGCUUACGAAAUGUUGAAAAAGCAAGGUGUUGUUGAGGAUGACUCAACAUCCACAAUUAAUGUCCCAGAGGAUGGAUCAAAAGUAUUAAAAUCUAAACACACGAUAUUUGACGAUGAGGAGAAAUCCAAACUAUUGCAAAAAUUACUUCAGAGUAAAAAUCCUGAUGAUUUGCAAGCUGCAAACAGACUGAUUAAAACUAUGGUGAGAGAGGACGAAAGACGGGUACAAUUGAACUCGCGUAGGAUAAUGGAAUUAGAAUCUGUACAUAACAAUGCAAAGUUAUUAUCAGAGAUGUUGGACUCGUAUAAUUGCAAUGAAACUAGUAGGGAAGAUCUCGAAUUGAUGAAGGAAUUACGUCAAGCCUGUGAACGAUUAAAACCAAUUGUGCUGAGAUUAGCAAACGAAACUCAAGAUAACGAAGAGAUGCUCGGUGACGUACUUGCCGCAAGCGAUGAAUUGGGACAGGUGUUUGAAAAAUACAAUGCAGUCAUAGUCCGUGGUGAAUGCGUAAAGCCUAAAACGGAUUCCAACAGCAGCCCGUAUUUGUUAGAUUUAUCUUCUCCGAUAGAGAACGUUCCUCACGAGAGUGGUGGUACAAAUACGAGUUACGAUGGAACGACAACAAAUCAUCAAUCAGAUAUGGAAGUUUUAGGGGAUAUCUUCAGUUCAUUAGGAAAAUCUGAGAAUCUAGAAAUGUCUUCUGUUUCUAGCACAAAUCUCUUAAUACCUGACUCAAUGAUCAUGCAACCGAUCAGCGUUUUACCUACAAAUAAAAAAGGUGAAUCGAUCAACACACCUGAAAAGAAAAUAGACAGUAAAGCAAGAGCACUGGAGGAAUUGAAUGAAUUAGGAGAGUCCUUGCUUAAGCAAAGUUUAUCAGGAACAAUAUCGAGUGCGCGUUCCAAUAUAGCAAGUAAGCAAGCUCCAAGUCGUACGUUACACAUGGAAUCUUUAGUAGACGAUUUGCCUAUUCUUCCAUAUGGCGGUUCUUCACACUUUUCUGGCUCGUUAGACAUUGGAAAUUCGAGGGACAUCAAACCAAUCAAUGUCAACUCCGAACCGCUCGAUAGUCCAAGUCUUUUACCUUCUUUAUCUCUUCCCAUUUCUCCCCAUGUAAAUGAAAAGUCUUCGACGACGGGAAAUACUGUUUGUAUAGAACCUGAGAUCAAACCAUUGACAGACAUUAAUGUCAGCCUUCAAGAUAUUAAACCAGGUAUUAAUCCACCUAUGACCGUUAUGGAAGAGAAAAACGAUAUAACCGUUGUGCUUCAUUUUGCUCGGGACAAUCCAAGGGAAGACGUAUUCGUCGUAGUAAUUACGACAAUGAGCAAAAAUGUAAAACCACUUAGCAAUUAUUUGUUUCAAGCAGUGGUGCCAAAAAAAUGUAAAUGUAGACUUCAGUCACCUUCUGGAAUUGAAUUACCAGGUUAUAAUCCAUUUCUUCCCCCACCAGCAAUCACUCAAAUUAUGUUGAUUGCCAAUCCUAACAAGGAAACAGUAUCCUUGAAGUUCAUGUUAAGUUAUACGAUGGACGACGAGACUUUCACAGAAAUGGGAGAAGUAGAAGCGUUGCCUUUGCUUUGAAAGAUAUUUUAAAACUGUUACUUAAAGUCAUUAAAACGAGUAUGCUUAAGAAGCGCAUACCGAUACUUAAAAGAAAAGACGUUUAAUUUUUUAAAACCGGAACAUUGAAGUCGUUCCUGACGAACUUAUACGUUAACAAAUGGUUAUUUGUGUUUUUGUUAAUCGAAUCUUGAUUGCGGAUAAUUUUUCUGUUUAUUAACAUACUCGAAAACAGAAAUAACUGGGUAUUUAUAAAUCGUUUUGUGAUCUUUAUACACGCUUGAAAAUGUGCAAACCUAUUUUAAGACUGGAACUUGAACUUAAUUAAAAUGUAAAAAAACAUUGCAAUAUCGUAUGCAAUAAAAUCGAAAUAAAGUGCAUUGAGAAAUAGAAA